GUAUCACAGAAAUCCAAGUGACAGAAACUAGAAGAAUGGCUUCCAAGUCUGCCCUUGUCCUCUGCAUCGUCAACCUCCUCUUCUUCACGAUGGUAACCUCCACCUAUGCGCAAUCACCACCGCCACCUCCUCCUUCCUCAGGAAAUCAGCCAAGUUGCCCUAUGGACGCUCUUAAGUUAGGUGUCUGCGCCAACCUGUUGGGUAUCGUCAACAUCCAACUCGGCAAGAGCGAUUGCUGUCCCCAUCUUAACGGCCUCGUCGACCUCGAAGCCGCCGCCUGCGUCUGCGCGGCCAUUAGAGCCAAUGUCUUAGGCAUCAACCUUAACGUUUCCCAUACCUUGAGCGCGAUUCUCAGCACCUGUGGCAAAAGCGUCCCCAGGGACUUUCAGUGUGCUUAAUUAUUCAACAGAUAUAUAUGUAUCAUCACUGUCUCCACUGCACUAUCCUCAUCAAGUUCUAUAGUUCUUGGUGACAAAUAAAUUAUAUCAAUAAAAAGUUUAUAGUGAUCUAUGA